AUGUCGCCAACCCAAGCUAUUCAUUUACCAAGUCCGCAUCAAAUUUUAAACGAAAAUUACGAACAAGCUUCGCCUUCUAAUUCUUUAUCUUAUCAUAAUAACGGGACUGGUUCUUCUUCUAAUUCUAAUAUAAAUAACCACUCAACUUCUCAGAAUCCACAGUAUACAAAUCUGAAUCGACCCCAUUCACCUUCGCCGUUAUCAAUGGAAUCCCCGAUGUCGGAAUCAAAAUAUUCAUUUCCUAAUCCGACUCCUCCUCAUGAUUCAAAAUCAAUUACAUUCAAAUCAUCCAAUGAUCAAAAUAUGUCCGUUUCAUCAAUUCCUUCUCCAACUUCCGAUCCAUUUCCAUCACGUUCUCUUGCUCCACUUGAACCCCAACAUUCUGCUAUACCGCCUUAUCUAACUGCUCAACGAAGGGGUUCUAUUACUGAUCCGUCUCUCCAUAUGUCAGUUCCGAACCCAGAACUUGCAAGACAAUAUUCCCAACCAGAUGUUAAUUUUCCUUCAACAACUGUUUCAUCCGAACGUAGAGGAUCAUUUGUGACGGAUCAAUAUCCACAUUCACCAUCUUCAUCUAUAUCACGUCCUUCUUCUGUAAAAAGUGAUCAAUCUUUCGCUCCUCUAGAAACACGCAAACUUAGGGAUGCAUUACCAUCAAUCAGCGCUGGAGCGAGUCCAAUUAGGGAUGGUUUUCCGGGUCCAUUAAUGAACCCCGCAUUUCAAUCUCAAUUACAACCACGACGUCAUUCAAUUGCUGUUGGUGAAGUGGUUGCACCUCUCAAAAGAAAAAAUAAUAUUGGAGUUCCUGCUCCAAAUCAUCCAAUUAUGCCUGAUGAUUAUCCCGUCAAACGAAGAGAAUCUGUCGGGGAUCCAAAUAUACAACGAUUGUCAUUGUAUGAUCGUAGAAAUUCUUAUUCUGCCCCAUCAAGUCCUCCAGCGAGUAGCACAUCAAAACUUAAUGCACAUGAUGUGAAUAAUAAUUUACAAGCUCAUGCUGAAUCGUGUUCAAUGUCUUCUCAAUACAAUGAUAAUAUUUCAGACCAUCCAGGAGCAAGUAAUAUUUCGACAGGUCACCUCCCUGAACAAAACGAUACAACACUUUCCUAUCCUCAUUUUAAUAAUUCGCGUUUAUCACAAAUUGUUCAAGAAGAAGUUAGCGCUCCCAUAUUGGCUAGACGUGCUUCUAUGCCUGUUAUGGCUUUUCCUUCACGAUUUUCGGAUCCCGCUCAACAAGAUGGUGCUAUGCCAAUGGAUGUUGAUCGCUAUCGUACUCAAAUUUAUCCACCACCUCAUCACCCUACAUACCAUCCUUAUGCUUAUGACUAUCCUAGUUAUGGUCAAUCUCAAGCUCCUGUAAAAGAAACCCCUUAUUCACGUUCACCUGAAUUAAGGAUAUCCCAUAAAGAUUCAUUACCAGUAGACAAGAGUUUGAAAACCAGUAAAUGGGAAAUAUUGAGUAAAGCCGUGGAAUUCAUUAACAAUUUGAAACACAAUCAAGAUGAAAUGUCCAAAGAAGUUGAAUCGCUAAGACAACAGAUUGCUGUUUUAAAGAACAGUGACUCCAGCACAACACCGACAUCAUCGUAA